AUGCCACUAGUGACUACUAGUGAAGAAAGCAACAACAUCAUCAAAAGAUGGAAUGCCAUGGUGGUUUUCUUAGGAGCACCUCCAGCGCAGGGCCUCUUGUCCUGGCUAAAGGCCCCUUUAAUGGGUUUUGGACCUCUAACGCAGAAGAAGCAGCUCGGGCAAGCCCAAGGGCAGAUCUUGCCUAUGCUUCAACCCAAAGGCGCUGACGUCAGCAGUGAUGUCACGCUGACAUCACCUUUUGGGGUGGAACCAAAAAAGAUAAGGCUGCCACUAUUUACGUGA